AUGGGCUCGGCUGGAUUCGGCGAUACUAUCAGCUCAAAACCCGCAGUAGAGGACUCUUCUAAAGGCUGGGCUGUGGUCUAUGGCAUCAUCAGUACCAUCGGAGGUAUCUCGGCUGGCAUCCUCAAUCAGAAUGACUACGCGAGGUUUAGUCGCACGCCAAAAGCCGCAAUCAUGGCACAGGCUAUCUGCCCUCCCAUUUACGGCGUCAUCACACCGAUCGUUGGAAUUCUUGUCACAGCAGCAACACAAGAACGAUAUAGCGAGGCCCUUUGGAACCUGCCAUCUCUGCUGUCUGCUGUGCAGACGACUGGUGGCGCGCGAUCUCGCGCUGCCGUGUUCUUUGCUGCGGCAGCGCUCGUCAUCUCACAAUUUGGUAUCAACAUCCCCGGAAAUGCUCUUUCUGGAGGAUUCGACUUCGCGGCGCUGUUCCCGCGCUAUAUCAACAUCCGCAGAGGCGCCUACAUUACCGCGCUACUGUCUAUGGUGGUAAAUCCCUGGCAGCUACUCGCAACUGCGUCGACUUUCCUCGCUGUGUUGUCCAGCUACAGCGUCUUCCUUGGACCUAUGGUUGGACUGAUGAUAUCGUCGUAUUAUCUGGUACAGAAGCAAAGGAUCAAUGUGGACGAUCUUUUCCUGGGUGACAAAGAGUCAAUAUACUGGUAUACCAUGGGCAUCAAUUGGAGGGCCAUCGUUGCUUGGGUCUGUGGUGUCAUGCCUACGUUCCCCGGCUUUCUCAGUGCAGUCAGCCCCGGAAUCACUGUCAGUACCGGCGCGACUCGGCUGUAUUACAUGUGCUUUCUCGUGGGAUCCCUUAUUUCGGCUCUGGUAUUCGUUGGUCUGCAUCACUUUGUUCCAGCGAAGGCACACCGAGCGUGGGUGGAGGGGCAGAAAGAGGUUGAUGGAGGGAAGUGGAGAGAGAAUAUGGUGUACUACAGGGAGAAGUGGGAUGCACUCGCCAUUGAGCAGGGUUCCAUGGUGCGCGACGCUGACACCAAGGGCCUCGAUGAGACCGUGAAGGAAGUCUAG